UGGAAAAGGCAUUAAGACUCUACAAAAUAUCGACAUUUGAAGUGGUGUUUAGAUUUUUGGAGCAGAGCACCGUUAAAAGGUGUCAUCGCUGGUGUCGCGUUGGAUGUUGAGGCCUUGUGGUUUAUGAAGGAACAUAUCAGUUGUUGUUGGAGCACGCCGUCUGAACCGCGUUGUGGAUGGAAGAAAAGAGGAAAGCCUGUCGGUAUUAUUGAGGUUUGACGAAGAGUAUCUCCCUUCACAUGUGAAGCUGGGAUAUGUGAGAUAUGCGGUGAGCGCUUUCGUGUCCAAGCCAUGUUCUUCCAGAAUUGCAAAAUUGUUGAAGGAAUGUUGUUGAAGAAUCUGAGGAUGUACGGUGUUGCGACUGUGCUGGAAAUCACAUUCCCAAUUCCCCGGAGUGCCCGAUUAGGGUAAAGGAGUUUAAAGUGGCAAGGACCAGGACUGUACAGCAGGUCUCCUACAUGGAGGCACGUGAAAUAGUUGAAGGAGCGAGUGGAGCUGAAGAUAUGGCAGUGGACGCCCCGUAGCCUUUGGAGAUUCAGAGUGUCGUUCAAACAGUUGAGGGAAGCUGAUAUGCUGAUCGUGAAGAAGGUGGAUUUUGUGGCGUUUAUUGCGCAUGUGAUUAAUUGUAACGCCCAACUGAACAAGAAGUCCACAAAACUGGCCAUAAUUGUAUCUGCGGCUGAAAAGUUAUUGGGUCUCCAGUACAUUGCAAGGAAUACUGUCCGAAAAUGCUUUUCCUUCUCAGGUCCCAUAGUCUGUGUGGAUCAGAGUUGACAUUUUAACCUGACCAAAGAAGUACAUUGAUUUUGUUUCUUUGUCUUUUUUAUUAUUAUUUGGAAUCAAUAUUAUUGUUGUCUAAAAUCUCGUACACUACCCUGUACAGUGACGGCAUGCACCUCUAACGUAUGUUUGCGGACCACCAUAAUACCAUAGAAGAACAAGAACAAGAAAAGCAACUUAAAACACUCCAUGCUCAGUGAGCAAGUAUUUUGACAUGUUCUUCCUCUAUCAGUUGAACGCACACACAGCAAACCGAUAAGCUGCAUUCACAUCCCCUCCACACCCAGAUACAGAUAGAUAUCGCACUAAGACUCUUGUUCCCAGCCUAACAAGCAAGGAUAAACAACAGGUUAUUGGCAGACACUUGACUGAUGAUAUGGAAUAUUCAAACAUGUUCCUAUAAUUGUCAUUCAUCAUUGGCAACAAUGAGUGGAGCACGUGACUCGUGUGUUACUUUGUAGCACAGUGCGCAUUGUUUCAAAUGUGAUACAUCUUGGAAGGUGUGACUUGUGCGCUACUACUACCGUGUACAGAAUGGGUCAAACGUGCUGUGGUCUCUCGUACUCCACCGCCGCUCCAGGCAAAGCGAAAUGGAAACCAACUGAAACAUCCAAACGACUCCCUAUCCGCAGAUUUACCAGUGAGGAGCGAAGGUGUGACCGGUUUUACAGGAAUCGGAUGAAAACGAAGCAGUUGCCUUCGCCAAGCACAGGUCAACCAGAGGUAGGGCUGGUAAUCGGAUAUGGAAAUUCGGAAACCCUUCGUGGUCACGGGCGGGGGAAGUUGUUGAGAGGCCACACUGAGUCGGUGGUAGUGGACCACACCACCCCGGUCGCCGAAUACCCACCUGGAAUUCAUUAUGAWAAUAUUCAGGCUCUCGACUGUGACGCUGUGAGCAAGGGAGCGGCUGACUCGUCCUUCGAUGCGACGGGCUUGGAAACACGGGCCAGAGGAUUCGACAGAACUCGCUGCGCAGUUACGCAGCGCAGCGGCCCAGAAACAACGGGAGAAGACCAUGUCUGGAAUGCCCCGGCUAGGGCCAUGGAAAACAAGCCAUUCGGAUUUGAUAAACAGGGUGGGGUUGCCUCGGAGGUUAGGGGGGUAUCGGGGGCUGUACAACCGGAUGGUUCAGUCCAUUGGCGCACAUCUGGCAAGGAUAAUUUAAGACGGACCCUGGCAUCGCUGAGCUUGCGUUUGGACGAACCUCUGACAAACGGCGUGUCAGAACCGAUAGGGUAUGAGAUACACCACACAGAGGUAGAAAUGACCAAAUCUAACUUUCCCACUGCUUCUUGUGAGCUCGAAGCUGUCAGAAUUUUUUUUCCAAACAGUAGUUCAAUUGAGUCGGGGAACCAGGAGGACCCCUCGAUCAACUCUUCAACACAGCCACACGGACAGGUCCAAAGUCCACUAGGUAGCCAAAGUUUCCCUGGUACUAUCCCAAAGCUUAUUAUAACCAGAGAUCGAAGCCCCAGUCGGACCCAGGAAACACUAGAUCCAAGGACCAUGGGACUCGGAGUCGGUGGAUCGUCGCUGGGCCCACACGCCGACGAUGAGUCCCCAUGCUCGGACAGUGGCUGCGGAGGCUCCCCGGCGCUAAUGCGCUUUCACAGAAAGCUCUCCAACUCGUCCUCCGCCGGCUGCUUGUCCUCCGCCUCGUCCUUUGAGGAGUCCGAGGAUGACUUCGCCGGCAGCGACAUCGAGCCCAGCCUGUCCCCAGUCACAUGCAACACGCUGGGCAGCCCAAACGAAGGCACGGGGACCAAGCAGUGGCAGAAGCUGAAAACUAUGGUGCACUGGUCUCCCUUCGUUGUGUCCUUUAAGAAGCGUUAUCCCUGGGUGCAGCUCGCCGGGCACGCAGGUAACUUCCAUGCGGGGGAGUAUGGGCGUUUGUUGAAGCGUUACUGUGAGUGUGAGCAGCUGUGCCUGUCAAAGCUGAUGGGGGACACUCUGCGGCCCUAUGUCCCUGGCUACUACGGCGUGGUGCAGAGGGACGAACAGGACUACAACCUAAUGGACGACCUCCUGGCUGACUUUGACUCUCCCUCCAUCAUGGAUUGCAAGAUGGGCAGCAGGACUUACCUGGAGGAGGAGCUACUGAAGGCCAGGGAGCUUCCGCGGCUCCGCAGGGAUAUGUACGAGAAGAUGGUGGCCGUGGACCCCGGGGCCCCUACGGAUCAGGAGAGGGCCCAACAAGGCAUCCUGAAGCCCAGAUACAUGCAGUGGAGAGAAACCCUCAGCUCCACUGCCACCCUGGGCUUCCGCAUCGAGGGCAUCAAGAGAGCAGACGGGACGUGUAACACCAACUUUAAGAAGACCAAACACAGGGAGCAGGUCAUGCAGGCCCUGGGAGACUUUGUGGAUGGGAACAUUCAGAUCCUGAAACUCUACCUGCAACGUCUGAAGGAGCUGCGAUCCGUGCUGGAGAAAUCCCAGUUCUUCAGAGCACAUGAGGUGGUGGGCAGCUCCCUGCUGUUUGUGCAUGAUGCGUCGGGGCAGGCCCGUGUGUGGAUGAUAGACUUUGGGAAGACGGUGCCCCUGCCUGCCCUCCUCACCCUGGACCACCGGACCCCCUGGAUGGAGGGCAACCACGAGGAUGGCUACCUGUGGGGUCUGGACAAUCUCAUAGACAUCCUCAGUACCAUGCUCCCCACCAGCCCUUGAGAGAGGGCCGUGUGAGAAAGAACAAAGGGAUGGCCUGGAAGAGGGAGAAAAAGAGGAUGGAGAGAACACUCUCAUCUUUGUCAGAGCAGAGGUUGUAGUUGGGGACGAACAGAUGGAACUGGUCAUUACCCAAACUAGACGUGAGACUGGAGAGAUGAAGGGAAAGGAAAGGACGAUGACCGUGAAAGAGAGUGAGGGAACCUGUCCACAUAACCAGUGGUGUGUCAUCCCUCGUCAACUUCUCUCAUUAUAAGAGCUAUGACGUCAACUAUCACUGACACACACACACACACACACAGACACACACACACUACCUUCAUAUUAUCACAAGUAUGAUGAUAAUGUACUGAACUUUUCCAAUGGGAUAUAUUCUCCUCAAGUGACCUUAGAGGAGCAAUGUUUUAUUUUCUCUAUGGACCACUUGACUUUAUGCUUUUAAAACUAUUUUAUAUAAAUGUCAACACUAGAAACACUGGAAAAACAUGUAUAUUUUCAACUUUAUCCGGUGCUCAGCCUUUUAAUGUAAAUACAGUUGUAUUUAAUUUGUUUGCCUCCACAAAUAGCCUCUUUACUCUUUGUACUUUUUUUUCUGUGCCUAGAUAGAUUUUUUUUGUUCUUUUUUUAUCAUUACAAAGUUUGCUGGAGAGUUAACCCAAAGUAUGAACUGUUGUCUGUAACAUAUAUAUUUUUUCUAUGGUGAAAACUGGAGGCUGUUGUUGAUUGGUCUGACCCGCGUGGUGUCUGAUUGGCGGAGUUGACCCAGCAGAUAAACUAACAGUGAUUCCCAACCAGGGGUACUAGGACCCCUGGGGGUACUUGGUCUAUCCACAGGGGGUACUUGAGAAGACUCAGGAGA